AUGGACAUUCUAAGCCAUAAGAAGGAUUGGAGAAAGACACAAAUAGUCCUCCUCACUGAGGAAUGUAGUGUAAUCAUUCAGAACAACUUACCAGAGAAGCUUAAAGACCCUGGGAGGUUUAUGAUACCAUGCACUUUAGGUGAUGCUUAUAUAAGGACAGCUCUAUGUGACCUUGGAGCAAGCAUCAACCUAAUAUCUGCUUCUCUAAUAAAGAAGCUCUGUUUGACUGAGGAAGUCAAACUAACCUACAUGUGCCUUCAGCUUGCUGAUGGGUCUAUUAAGAUACCAUCAGGAGUGAUAGAGGACAUGAUUGUCAAGGCUAUGCAACAUCUAGACAUUCCUGAGGAAUGCCUAAGCAUUGACUUCAUUGAUUCCCUGGUGGAAGAAGUCAACAUGGCCAAAAGCUUUAAGGACAGGCUUGAUGAUAUCCUUGAUGAUACUCAGCCUAACUCAGAGGAACUUCUGGAAACCUCUGAGGAAAAGGAGAAACAUCCUAAGCUUGAGCUUAAGCCAUUACCCCUUCCUUGA